AUGAGCCGCGGAACAAGCUCUUCCGUCUCCGAUUUAGGCCUUGGUCCAGGUUACACGCCAACCCCACAGAACAAUUGCACCAACAGACACCACUACAUCCUUCCAAAAGAGGCUAAGAUUAUCCUCGCGCUCGCCCCCACAAACCAUUCCUCCCCGCUCUUUCGUUUCUGGCUACGUCCUGAUGGCCCUGCUUUUAGCCAAAUCAUUAUGAACAUUGCAUACCCCCCUCUCUCUAGGGAUGAUAUCCGGAUCUUGGACGUCAGCAUUAAUGGGGAGGAUUCUGAACCUAUCUGCAACUUCAGGGUCGUGCCUCUAGAGAACCCUCCAGACUACACCGCUGUUUCCUACUGCUGGGACAAUUCAACAGACAUAGCGAGGAUUAAGUUUCAAAAUGGCGACUCCCUCCCACUUAGCCAGACCUUGCUUGAUCUCUUUAAUUCUCUGAAGGAGAGAACAUCCAAGUUCACUGUGUGGAUCGAUGCCAUUUGUAUCAACCAGGAAGACACAACGGAGAAGGAGUUUCAAGUUCCCCUCAUGGGAAAGAUUUAUUCACGCUCUAAGGAAGUCUUAGUUUGGUUGGGCAACAGUGAUGAUAUUACUAAGAAUGCAUUUCGCUUCAUGAAACAAGAAGAAAACGACGUCGAGACUAGACCAGAACCAUUGGUCAGAUCCAGCUCUUUUUAUGAUAAAUUUCGGAGCUUAUACCGCAAAGUCUCACAACCCUCUCGACAAGAAAAUGAUGAGUAUGGCCUAGAGAGCAUGUUGCUUCUACUUCAACGCCCAUGGUUCCAACGGGUGUGGGUUAUACAAGAGGUUGUUGCCGGAGGGAACAUCCAGGUGAUUUGUGGUGAGGACUGCGUAGAUCUGAGCCACUUUUCAGAUGGUGUUUCUGCCAUUUGGAACUCAUUCACUGGCUUGGGCCGCUAUGAAGACGAUCAUCCAGCCAUCCUUGGAUUCUGGUGUGUAACCAGGAUGCUUGGUAUACGAGAAGAAUACCAGAACAAGGUCAAUCGGGGAGAAAGUGGAGUAUGCUAUGAGACUCUUCUUCAGGCUGCAUAUCAUUGCCAAGCCACAAGGACCUGCGACAAAGUCUUUGCUUUUCACGGUAUUGCAGAUAGCCGACCGGUCCCGAAAGCUAAUUACAGAAUCACUGAAGAGCAAGUCUUUGUGGAAACAGCCGAAGCACUUCUCUGCAACGGAGACUCCCUUGAUCUUCUAGCCCUAUCGUGGAUGGGAUAUAUGCGGCAACAUUCCAGCAUACCCACCUGGGCCCCCGAUCUUCGAUGCCAUGCCUACGAUGAGCCACUUGUUCUUUGUGACAGUGCAGGCUGGGAUGCAGGCGGACGCUUGAAUACACCACCAAAGAUCGACGCUGAAUCACCGCGUCGGCUUAGACUUCAAGUCAAGCAACUCGAUACAAUAGACGUCAUCUGCCCCCCCUUCGCUUCUUGGGUUGUAGAGAAGCAGCGGGCAGCAGUUAAAUCUAUCUUAGCCCUGAGAUCACGGCUAGCAGGCAAUCUUUCCAGGGAAGCGUGGAUGGACAGAUUAGCUGAGUCUCUCAUUAUGGGUCUCGAUAUCGACGACAGCCCACUGAGAGUCGGUAUGCCAGGAUGGGAUGAACACCGUCGGCAAUUUAAUGAGUGGCUACAGUGGGUACAGUCGAACUCGCGACAAAAGAAUCUCCACAAGAUCGAGUCCAAUAUGCACCACCGCAUAAUCAGGACUCGUAUAGACACAAUGAAGACAUUCGCAAGCAGCCGAGGUUUCUUUGGUAUCGGGCCAGAACCUACCAUGGAAGGAGAUGUCGUGUACGCAGUUCCGGGCUGUCGAGUACCUCUUGUGCUGCGACCUGACCCAUUGACAGCUGAUGAAGAGAUGAGAUCUCUUCCCGUGCAGACAUGGACUCUUGUCAGCUGGUGUUAUGUCGAUGGGUCAAUGUUUGGAGAGGCUAUGGAUCAAGAGAGACCUUUUGAAGAAUUACUACUGCGCUAA